AUGGAUAUCCUCGACCGCAAGCCCUACAACCAUGCCAUCCACACCAGCCCCUCCAACGACCUCCGCCUAGUGCAAUCAGAUAUCCCCGAGAUCCAACCCGAUGAGUGUCUCGUCCACGUCCGCGCCACUGGCAUCUGUGGCUCCGACGUACACUUCUGGAAACAUGGCCACAUCGGCGACAUGGUCGUAACAGGGGACAACGGCCUUGGCCAUGAGAGUGCCGGAGUAGUUCUCAAAGUCGGCAAGGACGUGACUCGGUUCAAGCCCGGUGACAAAGUCGCCAUGGAAUGCGGUAUCCCCUGCUCCAAACCGACCUGCUACUUCUGCCGCACAGGCCAGUACAACGCCUGCCCGGACGUGGUCUUCUUCUCCACGCCACCUCACCACGGCACUCUCCGACGAUACCACGCCCACCCCGAGGCAUGGCUGCACCAUCUUCCCGACAACAUCUCCUUCGAAGAAGGCGCCCUUCUGGAACCCUUAACCGUCGCCCUAGCAGGCAUCGACCGAUCCGGCCUCCGCCUCGCCGAUCCCCUGGUGAUCUGCGGCGCAGGCCCCAUCGGUCUGGUCACUCUGCUCGCCGCCAACGCAGCGGGCGCAGAGCCCAUCGUCAUCACAGAUCUGGACGAAGGCCGUCUAGCAAAGGCAAAGGAACUAGUUCCCCGCGUCCGGCCAGUGAAGGUCACAAGAGAGGACACGCCCAAGGCUCUCGCCGGCAGAAUCAUCGAGACUCUAGGGCAAGAGGCAAAGUUGGUUAUUGAAUGCACGGGCGUGGAGUCUAGCAUCCAUGCCGGCAUAUAUUCCACCCGAUUCGGUGGCUCUGUCUUCGUGAUCGGCGUCGGCAAGGAUUUCCAAUCCAUCCCUUUCAUGCAUCUCUCUGCGAAGGAAAUCGAUCUCCGCUGGCAGUACAGAUAUCACGAUAUCUACCCGAAGGCGAUUAGUCUGGUGGCAGCAGGAAUCAUUGAUUUGAAACCGUUGGUUUCGCAUCGGUACGCGUUGGAGGACGGGAUCAAGGCGUUUGAAACGGCGAGUAACCCUGCUUCGAAGGCUAUUAAGGUGCAGAUUUUGGAUGAUUAG